AUGGUCUACUCACUCGGUUAUCGUCGACCUCCUCACGUCACGGCCGACUCAGCCCGUGCGUCACUCUACGGGGAUGAGAAACCAAAAUCCGUCGGCGAGUCCACAAUUGGCUCGCAGGGCUCUGGUGUCAUUUCUGGCAUUCCAGAGGCAUUGUCGUUCGAUCGUAUCAUCUCAGGCGGUACUUGCCCACCAUGCACGACUCGAGAUUUCAUGAACUAUCUCAUCUACAUCGAGCAUGCGGCUGAGAACCUACAAUUCUUCCUUUGGUACAAGGAUUACGCUAAACGUUUCACUUCUCUGCCUUCGAGCGAGCAAUCUCUGGCCCCUAUGUGGACUGAGGACGAGACCGAGAACAAGGAGCACAAGCCAAAGCAGAACAUCAGCCCGGAGACCGCCGCUGUAUUCAAAGGAACCGACUUCGCCCCCGUGACAAGCGUGAAUGAGGUUGGCAAGAACCCCUUCAACACACCACCACGGACACCUAGGGGUGACAAUGAGAGCAUGGCUGCUUCGGAAGCGGCCUGGAGCGAGGGGGCUUCGACAUUGAAUGUGAGCCGGACUACCGGUCAGCAGUCUCAUCACAAACAAGCGGCGGACGCCUUUGAGACGGCCGACUUGAAGUGGCAGCCAUUCACAAUUCAGCCAUUCCGAGAAGAGAUCGCCCGCAUCAUCGCCAGCUACGUUGCAGAUGGAGGACCACGACAGCUCAAUCUUUCGUCCAAAGAACGUCAGGCUUUGCUGCACGCUCUCACCAACACGACCCAUCCUUCCGCCUUCCGAAAAGUUGUUCACACUGUCGAAUGGUCACUUCGCCACCAAGCUCAUCCUAACUUCAUUCGGUGGACCAUCUGCAAUGGUAAUCGGCCUCGUGUCGUCUUUGCUCGGGGACUUGGUGUUGCCACAAUUUCACUAGGUAUCAUUGCAGCCAUCAUCAUCAUUCUGAGUGGUGCUGGACGGGCGUGGAGAGCGUUUACCGCAAUUUUGUUCGUCAUUGGUAUCGCAACUCUCAUUGCAGCUUGGAAAGGGAUGUGUGUGGUUCUCCACGGUAUGCAUCAUCGCCAUCUCCGCCCAUGGGAGUUGUUCGCUAGCCCAGAUGAUGAAUCAUCUACUUCCUACGAUAUGUCCCAGUCUUCCUUUGACACUCUCGGCACCUCCAAUAGCUACGAAGACGAGCCAUGGGUCGCCCGGUACGACAAGCGCAACCUUGUCCGCAAGGUCUUCGACCGCGAAGUCUGGAUUCAAGAACCUGCUCUCCGCCAGAUCCAGGACACCAUCUUCCUGCAAGCUAUGGGUGGAGCACUCCUGAUCUCUGCGGUCUGUGUCGGCAUCUUCGUCGCUAUCCCGGGGGUCAACUUGUUCUAA